AUGACGGUGAUCGUGGGGAAGCUGGCAGCACUAAACAUCACAUCCCAUAGAAUUCCUGCUUAUCAGAGGGAACAGGCCUUCCGGAUGACCAAAGAGGCAGAAGCCCCUGGCUUUGCUAAGAAUAAUUUCUGCUCUCCCCGCCCCCACAGCCUCUUUCAGUUACUCAUCAUCUCACCUCUUCUGAACCAGACGGUUCUCUUCGGGGCCAGAACAGAAGGCGCUGGGCCUCUCCUGUUCCUGAGAACCAUCGCGGCCGCCGAUGCCCCUGCCAGGCUGCUCGAUUCCUCUUGUUCCUUGAAGAAGACUCUGCAGUGCAGCUGUUCCUUCCAUGGGAUCCCCACACCCUCCGUGCGGUGGUGGACGGGAGGCGCUCCCGUGGGUAUGAACGGCAUGGACGGUGGCCUCCAGGUGACUUCCACCACGCUUGGCCCCUGGGCCAACAGCACCAUCAGCCUGACGGAGCAGCCCCAAAUGGGCACGAGCCUCCGCUGUGAGGGCAGGAACCAAAAGGGAACCCAUGCCUUGAGCAUCCUGCUGACGUCAGGGAAGAGUUCUUUGGUUCCCCAGACUUUCAUGAAAGGACUGAUGCAGGGCGUUUUCUACGGAGCCAUCGCGAUGACACUGCUCUUCCUCUGCCUCCUCGCGCUCAUAGCGAAACAUAUCAGAAUGAAGCAGGCAAGGAAAAUUGCAACAAUCAAAGCAGAAAAGAAUCCUAAAGUCAGAGCACACCAAGAACCCGAGAUGUCUCUGAGGCCUGAGGAACAAGAAAAAUCCAUAGUCACCCCAUCUUCUGAGAGCCGGAUAUUGGAAAAGCAAGAUAAAGUGGAGCUGACAAAGCCUAUUGGAUGA